GUCUGUGUUUUUAUUUUACCUCAAAUCCAAUAUGGCCGUAGAGGAACUGCGAUGCUAGUAAAACGCACAGUUCAAAUGACACACACCGUUGAGUAGUGACGUCAUUUUCAUUGAAAGUUGACCCCUGGGUCGCGAUGUGGCUGCCUCUCUGUUCAACAAGCCGGACAGCCUGCAGGAGAAGCUACGCUGCUGCUCUUUUAAAAUGUCCACGGCACUGGGGGAAUGCUAACGCGUCUGUCUUCAGCCACUCAGCUGGACCUGCGGCACGCACGAGCAAGGCUCUUCUGUUCAGAAAGCACGGAGACCCUUCUCACGUCGUCCAGUUGGAAGAUGUAGAGCUGCCCCCCAUAGGGCCAACGGAUGUCCUGGUCAAGAUGCUGGCAGCUCCAAUCAACCCGUCUGACAUCAACAUGAUUCAAGGUACUUAUGCUAUCUUGCCUGACCUCCCAGCUGUUGGGGGCAAUGAAGGAGUGGCCCAGAUUGUAGAAGUCGGCGGCCAGGUGACGUCCCUCAAAGCAGGGGACUGGGUCAUUCCAAAAGAUGCUGGUUUAGGGACCUGGAGGACAGUGGCAGUGCUAGCGGAGGAUGACGUCAUCUCGCUGCCGAAUGACAUCCCCUUGUUGUCUGCUGCCACACUCGGGGUGAAUCCCUGCACUGCCUUCAGGAUGCUCUCUGACUUUGAAGAUCUCAAGCCAGGUGAUUCUGUGAUCCAGAAUGCAGCCAACAGUGGAGUUGGGCAGGCUGUAAUACAGAUUGCUGCUGCAAGGGGAAUAAGCACCAUCAACGUUGUCAGAGACAGGCCAGAGUUCACACAGCUCAGUGAUAGGCUGAAGGCCAUGGGAGGAACUCAUGUGAUCAAAGAGGAAGUGCUGAGGCGGCCGGAGAUGAAGGAACUGUUCAAGAUCUGUCCAAAGCCUAAACUGGCACUGAAUGGAGUCGGAGGCAAUAGCGCAACAGAGCUGCUCCGUCAUCUACAGUAUGGAGGAUCUAUGGUGACAUAUGGAGGAAUGGCCAAAAAGCCAGUUACUGUUCCUGUGAGUGCUCUUAUUUUCAAGGAUGUGAAGGUUCGGGGAUUUUGGGUCACACAGUGGAAGAGAGAUCACUCAAGUGAUGGAAAGGCAUUCAGAGCCAUGCUGGAUGAACUGUGUCUCCUCGUUCAGCAGGGACAGCUGACGGCUCCGGCCUGCACUGAGGUGGGCCUCCAAGACUACAGCGAAGCUCUGGACACGGCCAUGCAGCCUUUCACCUCAGCCAAACAGGUCUUGAUCAUGUGAACGGACUCGCUCACGCCCUCAGCCACUAUAUUGUCAACAUGUCAAUAAAAUACACUGAUCAAGCACAUACUCAAUAAAUGUGUCUUCAUAGCAGGCCCAAA